AUGUCUAAAAAUCGUAAAACGGGUAGAUUUUCUCAUGAGGAAGACACUAGGUUGCUUCAGUAUCUUAAUAAUAAUGGCAUUGAAAAGUGGAAUGACGUAGCGGCCCAUGUGGAAACCAGAGACGCUAAACAGUGCAGAGAAAGGUACUAUGGGCACCUAGCUCAUAAUGUUAACAAGGAACCAUUUACAAAGAAAGAAGAGGAUAGAAUAUGUGAGUUGUUUAGAAAUGGCUAUGGAUGGGCGAAUAUUGCUAGAGAAUUAGGCAACGGUCGUACUUCAAAUAACGUUAAAAAUCUCUGGUAUCAAAAGCUUUCUAAAGGGAAAAAAGAAGGGAUGAAGAAAAAAAAUAUUAAAAAAUCAUUUGUAAAGAGCGAAACGAAAGCACGGUCCCACAGUUCUUCGGAAAGACCUAACAAUAAAAUGCACAGUAAUCAGUUGGUGAGUAACGUAGACACCGAACAACGUGUCGUUAACCUAAACGAUGAAAUAUUACCCCAUGAAUUUAUUACACCCCAUGAAUUUAUUAUACCCCAUGCACAACAAUUUUAUGAAACGUUAACACUUUUGGAAGCAGCCGAACUUUAA